UACUGUUUUAUUGCUCCUCCUUGUUAUCAUUUGUAAUAUAGUGUUGUAAGUAAAAGCGUUCAUGGUAAAAACGAAACAAAAUAAUCUGUACGUCCACUUCGUCCUCCAUACUAUAGGGGCGGUAAUACGUUUUAGUCCAUUGACAUUCACAGAGUGCCCAGCACAGAAGAAAGCAUAAUGCUGCCAAACAAAACAAAAAACUAAAAUGGGAUCUGAAGAAGUCUUUAAAUGCAAGUAGCAUGUUGUUUUCAUGACACAAUGGCUUUUGGGAGUGAUGCAAACACGGCAGAUUUGAUCAUAUGGAGGGUCAGUAACAGCAACCUGUUUACAGGAAGGAGAAAUGCAGCCAUCAAAGCUUUUGAGCUGUAUGUGAAAGAAAAACAGCUGGAAGGGAACGUGACUCCUGCAUGGGUUAGAAAAAAGUGGGAGAAUCUGAAGCAGAAGUACAAGGACCUCAAAAGUCUUCAUAUGGUUGGGGGAGAUACAGGAAUCACGACCUGGAAGUGGUACGCAAUCAUGGAUGGAGCCCUAAGUAGCGAGAUCACCCUAAAUCCUUUCAUUACACCUGUCCACAUAUCCUCAUCUGCUCAGGAUUCUCCACCUGUUAAGCAGAGAAAAGCAGAAGAUUGGGUGAUGGCCCUACGGGAGAUAGAGAGGCUACAGGAGGAACGAGAGAGGCAAACGACAGAGAGAGAGGAUGAGAGAGACAGACGAGCCGCAGAGACAGACGCGCUGCAGAGAGAGAGGUGGAAAGAGACCGGAGGGCCGCAGAGAGGGAAGAGGAGCGAGAGAGACUAGUGCUGGAGAGGGAGAGGAGAAGGGAAGAAGAAAUGUUUGCAAGAGAGGAGCGUUGGGAGAAAGAAAUGCUUGCUAGAGAAGAGAGACAGGAAAAGGAGUAUCGAGAAAGAGAGGAGAGGAGAGAUAAAGAGGCUGCUGCUAGAGAAGAAAAGCUCUUUAAACUCCUUGAGACAUUUCUGUCCAAAAAAUAGAAGAGUUACUGAUGGAAUCACAUUCCACGUUUCCAAGUUCCAAGUAUUGUCUAUUUUCUACAAAUAAACUAUUUUGGUUGGCA